AAGUAGACUUCAGUCGUGCGAAGUGGUAUAUUAUCGGUGAAAUUAAAAUUGAAGAAACGCUAACAGCAAACGUCCAACUCUGAAAGUAACUCGGUUUCGUGCAACAUCAGAUACAAGCUCGUACAUAUUACUCUGACAGAAUCUGUUUCUCGUCGAACACUCGCACUUUUCAGUCGAAGAUUAUUUGUGAUUCGUCUUCCAAACAAUGAAUUUAUUUCUUCCGCAGCUUUUGCCUACCCCGGUUUUUGUUUUAUGUCCCUCAUCCACACCCAUUCCCAGAAAGUUUCAAUCAAUAGGCUCGCAUCUCCUGUUCGAGGAGGAGUGCCAUAACUUGUGCAUGCCACAUUUUGAUUUUUUUAUUUCUACUGGUUUGGCUUUUUCAUCUUUGUUACUAGUUCACGAGAAAUCUUCUCUUAAUACCCUUAAGUAAUUUAUUUACCCUUGAGUUGUUCAUACUCAUCUCUCGGAACAACAUCUGCUUUCCAGCGCUUGGCGUUGGCUUUCCGACCACCUUCAACCUGAUCUAGUCCGAUCGCAAGGCAAUUAAUAUCAACCACCAAAAGACUCAGAUAGGUAGGUAUGCCGUACUCGGACUCUUCCAGCGACGACGAGGCCGCCAUGGCCCGGCUGGCGACUUUGGCGCGCAUGGCCGAGGAGGACGAGAACGGGCCGCAACAGGAAGAGGCCGUGGAGUCCAGCGAGGAGGAGGAAGAGGAGGAGGAGCCAGAGGAAAUUGACCCGGAGGUGCUGGCCUUCGAGGCUCGUAAGGCGGCCAAGAGCGGGUUCGGAAAAGGGGGCGAGGACGAGGACUACACGUUGGAGAGAGACGGCGUGGUGCGGUAUUGCGAGGAAAAAUCCCGCCUCCCCAUAUCGAAAAGGAAACUUGUGAUGCUGGAUUUGCGUACACAAAUCGACUUGCAUUGCUAGAAUGCCAAGAGACGCAGUUGUGGCCUGAACUGCAGGAAGUUUGUCAUGCUGUUUUCCACUUCCAGUUGCCUCCUCUCAUGCUGAAAGUGCAAGGCUUUCCCACGCCAGCCAGCACUACAGUCCGCAUCUUUUGCCUUCUAGCAUGAAAACGUGACUUGUGGUAGCAAAUCAUGCUACACAAAUCUCCGUUUUAGUAUGGAGUGGGGGCUUUUUUCACUUUGAUGUGCGGCAUCUGGCCCGCCCGCAUUUGGAAUACUGGACCAAGCAGCAGCGACAGGAGGAGGCGGACGCUGAGGAGCGGUUAAAGUGGAUGAAGGCGGAGGAAGAGGUAUCGUGUGGAAAAACGUUUCCACCUCAUAGACAGGUUGGGAAAUCUGCUAGACAAAUCACGAAUUUUUGGCUGUUGCGCAUGACAUCGAAUUUGGACUCGUUGCAAGAGUAUGUAGUCGUGUAUAGUUCGCGUAACGGCAUCACAGUAGCAUAUAAACAUGCUGAUUUCAGGAUCACACAUCUCGUCCCAACGCCACAACUCGAAAAUGGUUCUCAUGGUCCUCCCCAUGAGAAACAUUUUACAUGCAGAUUUGCAUAUACAGCUCUGGGGUGGACACAUUUUUACACUGGGAUAACACGCAAUGGAGCGCGGGGACGCGGACGUGAUCGCGAAGGUCCGGGCAAGGGAGCGGAAGCUGAUGCUGGAGAACGCGAAGAACACGAUGGCGCGGCGCGCCGCGGAGCGGACGAAGCUAGGGCAGCAGCUGGGCAUGGAAAUCGUGACGGAACGACAACGGAAACGGCGUGCGGACCUGCGGAAGGAGCAGCGGCACGCGCAGGCGAAGCGGGACACCUUCGUGAAACAGGUGAAGACCGGACUGUACGAGUUUUUCUUCGGGUGGACGCGGGUGAUUACCGAGCCCACGGAGAAAACCCGGCACGCGGCGCAGUCCACCUGGGAAAAUUUGCCGAACUACUACGCCGUGCAGGUCGAGAUGGGGUUGAUCGAUGAAAAAGAGAAAAUGCAGAUCGAGCACGACAUCGAGGUGGAGCAGAACGUGUUGCAACGGGUGAAAUUAAACGAGGACAAGUCGGACAAGCUGCACCACAAGAUCCUGCCCUUCACCGCACCCGUGGUGUCCUCCGAUAACACCUACGAACCGAACAACCGGUUGGUGAACCUGAAAGCGCAGCACUUCACGGCCGAGCCGCCCAAGUUGUCGCUGCCGCAGUGGCCGAAGCACACGCGGUAUCAAAUGCAAAUAUGUCUGGGUCUGGAAGGAUGCAACUUGUGAUGCUACCUUUUAACUCUACAUAAAAUCUGUAUUGCAUGAACAGCAAAAGAGGUGUAAUUUGUGCUACGCGGAGAGGGCAUUUCUCAUGCGGAAUGAGCAUCAGAAAACCCUCGCAAAAUCUCUGAUGCUAGGGCAUGCAUCACAGACCUCAUGGGUCAUGCAAAAUCUGCAUGACAAACUCCUGCAUUCUUCCGGACCCAGACAUUUUUGCAAUCCAUACGCGCAUGGUGAAGACCCCGGAAUUAGCGAAGCAGACGGAGGAGAUCCGGUUUUUCAAAAAGUACGAGGAAAGAAACAAGUAUUUAUCCAAAGUCGACGUCGCGCAAGUGCCGCCCUACUUGCCGGAAAGCUCGAAGAUUUUGUAUAGCAACGCGCCGACGACGUAUACCACGUUUCUGGUGAACCCCGCCGACGACGCGUACCACAAGGAAGCGUGGAUCCGCCGCGUGUCUCGGAAGCACGAGGGUUUUUUCUACUGGGUAAACACCGUAACGGGCGAAACGAAGUGGGACGACGGAAAGUUUCCGCUGAAGGACGACAAGUACUUCGAGGCCACACCGUGGCAGGAAUACGGGAAAAAGGAGAAGCAGAAGAAGCAGGACAAGAUUGACGCGGAGAACCGGCGAAUCCGCCUGGAAAAAGAGGCGGAAGAGGAGCGGCUACGCGUCAUUGAAACGGAACGGAUCUUGGCCGAGUCCCGCGCGGAGAUGGAGGAGAAGGCACCGAAAUCAUCGGAAAGUUCCAGACCACGGAGCAGGAAUAGGAAGAAGAAAAAAGGGGCAAAGAACAAUUCAUCUUCCGAGGAUGACAGCGACGAUAAUGAUGUCUCGGGGGGAAAACAAGUGGUGACCAUGAAUAGGGGGCGGCCGGGCAACGACGACAGUGAAGAUGAGAGUGAUUGAGCAGAAGUCUUCACUUUAUAGAUAGAGGCUACUUGCUUAGGAUGUCGGUGUUCGCAAACUACACGAUUCAUUGUUGUGUCUGUUUUCUCGAAUGAUUGGAGUCGUUUGACUAUGUCGAGCCAACAUCUUCACAACUACACGAUGCGCACUAAUGCUCUUGGGAAAAAUAAAAAAGUCAAUUGG